AUGCCGCCAUCGCUCCACGGAGUUCUCUCGCUGUACCCGCUUCCCAACUCGACAUGGCAGCAGCGGCCGUACUUCACCUCUGGUGACCUCGCGUCCGACAAGGCCGUCGUCUUCAUUGGUGGGCUGUACAGCGGUCUCUUUGACACACCUUUCCUUGUGCCCUUGUCGAACGCGCUCACAGAGGCAAAGUGGAGGCUGGUGCAGAUAUUUUGGUCGGGAUGCUACGAUGGGUUCGGGACAGGCGGCAUUGACCGGGACCGCGACGAGCUCGCCGCACUCGUCAAGCAGCUGAUAGGCGAGGGCGUCAAGACUGUCGUCGUCAUGGGACACUCGACUGGGUCGCAGGAUGCACUCCACUACCUCUCCACAUCGGCCGAGCCUGCUGUGCAUGGUGCGAUCCUCGUGUCGCCGGCGUCCGACCGACAGUUUUUCGAAAAGGACAACGAUCCAGUGUGGAAGGAACAACUUGUCAUUGCCCAGCGGCUGAUCGCUGAGGGCAAGGGCGAGGAGAUGCUGGGAGAGGAGAUGACCAAGGCUGCCGGUGCGAGGAUGACUGCAAACCGGGUUUUCAACUUGAUUGGUGUCGGCGGCCUCGACGACUACUUUUCAUCCGACCUGCCAGACGCGCCUGACGGAUCGGCGCACGUACACCCUCUGUCGACAUCGUUUGGCUCCCUCAAGGUCCCAGCACUGGCAUUCUGGGCCGAGAACGACCACUGCAACGUGCUGCCCGACCACCGCGUGCUGCUGCGGCGCUGGGAGACGGCGUCAAGCGGCAGGCUCCAGUGGCGGUUUCUCGACGGCGCAACACACACGGUGGAAGAGGAGGAUGCUCAGAAGGUGCUCUGCGACGAGGUGGUGGGGUGGCUGUCAAGCCAGUUCGAGCAGUAG